AUGCCAGGAAAUAGGUCGGGUUUAAGACAGCUGAUGGUGUGUUGUGUUAUGGUGCUGGCGGGUCUCUCACAGGUCAAGAGACGAAAGCCUCUGGGUGUUCGGCUAUGGAUCCCUCUGCUGGCAUCCUGGCUUCCAAUUCGGCGCCUCGGCUGUCGGGUACAUCAGGCACUACGUGAGAAGGUUCUGGCAGGGCAACUCCACCCACCGAGGGGUCCUGGCAAGCCUGGACGGGUCGCUACUUUGGUCGAGGAGCAUAAUGGCGCUACCUGGGGUGUCGCCUACGAACUAACAGGAGAAGCCGCCCUUCACUACCUGGAGACUCGGGAGGUGUCCUUGGGAGGCUACGCCACCAACGUCGUCACCUUCUUCCCCAAGGACGCCGCCGUCAACCCCUUCCCCGUGUUGCUCUAUAUCGCCACGCCCUCCUCGCAGGAGUGGGCAGGCCAGGCGCCUCUACACGAGAUAGCUACUCAGAUCACUCAGUGCUCUGGGCCCUCAGGUCACAACGUGGAGUACCUACUACGUCUGGCUGAGUUCAUGAGAGAGAAGGUUCCUGAAGGCUACGACGAGCACUUGGCCUCCCUGGAGACUCUGGUGAGGCUCAGGAUCAAGGAGAACAACAUGUGUCUCAAGUCUCUGAUGGGUGACGGCCCCCGGGAGCCUCACCCACAACCUGCCGUCGCUGCCGCUGUCUUACACCAGGAGCCACAACCUGCCGAGGAGAGGCGGAACACCUUCCAGUUCUCUGCCAAACUGCCUCCCAAGAAACUUCGUUGUCUUAAUGUCUAGUAUUAGCUGCUUGGCGUAGGCUGUGUCCUACUGCCAGGGGUGGCGUAGGCUGUGUCCUACUGCCAGGGGUGGCGUAGGCUGUGUCCUACUGCCAGGGGUGGCGUAGGCUGUGUCCUACUGCCAGGGGCGGUGCAAGCUGUGUCCUACUGCCAGGGGCCGCACAGGCUGUGUCCUACUGCCAGGGGCAGCGCAGGCUAGGCUGUGUCCUACUGCCAGGGCGGCGCAGGCUGUGUCCUACUGC